UCCGUUCCUUUAUUUAUUCCUUUAGCGAACAGCGGCAGCGGGACGAUGGCUGCGGUCUCGCAGUCGGUGGGGAGUUUGCCCAGCGGAAUCCAGAUCUGCACAACCGCACCGGACAUCCUCUACCUGCCUGAACUGGUGUUUGGAGGGUUAGUAUGGAUCCUAGUGGCUUCCACACUUGUGAAACCCGAGAACCCUCAGGGAUGGGUCAUGUUUGUGUCCAUUUUUUGCUUUGUGAUGACCCUUCUCUGGCUCAUUAUCUUCGCCUGUGGAGGACACAAGAACCGCAGCUCUUGGGCUGCAGCGGACUUUAUUUAUCACCUAAUUGCUGCCAUGUUCUACCUGAGUGCCUCAGUGCCCCUGGCCUCUGUAACUAUCAACAUGAAAAAUGACACUGCACAGUCCAUAUAUCCCUUUAAGUACUACCAAAUUGACAUUGCGUCGGUGGUGUUCUCCUAUAUUGCCACAUUGCUCUACUUCAUCCAUUGCAUUCUUUCUGCUGUUCGGUGGAAAUCUUUCUGAUGAAACAAAACAAAGAAUUUAAAGAAAGGAAAAACAAAUUAACAGGGGAAAACACUGGAAAAGCACUGAGGCUGAGAAAGACAAACCUCAGAGGUCAAUCCAUAUUGGAAGCACUCUACUCAAAAACACCAGCCACAGAUGUGACUGAAACACCCUUAAUUAACUCGAAACAUGAUGGAAUUCAAACUAGAUUCGAUUUCAGACCUUUUUUUUCUUGAAGCUUUGAACAUUUGGGAGGGAAGGAAAAUAUUUUAUAACUGUACUGGUUAUAGUAAGUUGGCCCAGAGUGUAGGUGUUGAUUAGGAAACAGAAUAUGGGUUUUGUAUACUCAAAUGCAACUUUGUAACAGAUCAAUACAUUUUUGUAUAUUUAGCUACUACACAUUAACAACAUAAUAUUGUAAUAAAAAGAGUAUGUACUGGACAAUGUCCUGUGUAGUUAAUGCAUGAGUGUAUUUUGCUGUUUCAGUUACACCCAUAACAGGAGAAUAAUAUCAAGAACACAGCCAUGAAAUCGCCUUAGACAAACAUAUUAAUAGAAUGGGGCAUACAAUUUCUGUUUCAGCAUGACAAUGCCCCUUUGCACAAAGCUAGGUCCAUAAAGAAAUAGUUGAUGAGUUCUGGUGUGUAAGAAUUUUACUGGCCUGCACAAAGCCCAGACCUGAACAGUUUUAGCAUGAAUUGGAACUACGAGCUCAUCGCCCAAAAUUCAGUGCCUGACCUCACUGAUACUCUUGUGUCUAAAUAGGAGUAAAUCCCCACAGCAAUGUUCCAAAAUCUAGUGUAAAGCCUUUCUAUAGGAGUAAAAGCUGUUAUAGCACUAGAGUGAACACAAUUCCUAGGUAAUGCUCAUGGUUUUGAGAUUAAAUGUUAACAAUUGGGUGUGGUGUUUGGGUGCCCAUUUAAUUUUGGUCAUAGUUGUAAAUAUGCUUCAUUUUUUUUUUCAUACAGGAAAAUGAGAAUAAUAAUUACAGAAUCUGUUAAAAUGAAUGAAAGAAAUUGGAAUGUUUAACUGCAGACAACAGAAAAAAAAAAUACAGCCUAAUCACCGCUUCCUUUAAACACGAGCGUGUCUCUCCUCGGGAGAAAGAUGUUGAAAAUGUUUAUAAUGUGUAAAUCUCAGUAUUCUGGUCUUUAUAAACAUUUAUGUGAGAUAGAUGAGCUUGUAACUGUAGAGAACACAUCUGAAAUGUCUUCUAAUGUAGAGAAAAUUCCUCAUCCAACUCAUGUCUGAGAACAAAGUGCAUGGCCCUUACUCAUCCAUACAAACAAAUAAUGCAGUUCAAGCCCCAGUAAAGGAGCUGUUCAGCUUGCAGUACAAUAAACCGAAAAAUAAUUAACAUUUUUGAGCCAUAUUUGGCAGUUUUAGAUUUAAGAGUAAAAUAAGGUCUGUGGUAAACAUUUCUUGAUGAUACAUGGCUGUUUUGUUCAUGUGUGUUGUUUGUUCAUGUAAUCUUCACAUUUAAGGUAUGACA